AUGUCUGAAAAGGAAUAGGAUAGAGAAGAUUAGGAGCUUUUAAAUUAGUUCCAAGAAGAUGAGGAAGAACUAUAGCAAGAAGAGGAAGGCGAAGAAGAAGGUGUAGCCACCAACGAUGCUUCCGACAGUAAAGAGAAAAAUGAUGAAAUAAUUCAACAAAAAGAAGAAGAUAAAAGAUCGAUAUUUGUUUAAAAUGUAGAGUAUAAUACAACCAAGGAAGAAUUAAUGGAUAUCUUUAAGGACUGCGGAGAAAUCGAAAAAAUCACUAUACCACAAACCAGAUAAGGCUAAGGAAAGGGGUUUGCAUAUAUCCAAUUUGUAGAUAAAAGUUCUGUUGAGCUAGCAAAAGCUUUAAGUGAUUCUAUUCAUAGAGGUAGAGCAAUCAAGGUUUUACCAAAGAGGACAAAUCAACAUGGCUUUAAAAAGAAAAGCUUUAAGCCAAACGGAUUUAGUAAAUCAUUCCCUUACAUGAAAAAUAGCAUAAUGAAGGGAUUCAUGUUUGGAGGAGCUGGUUAUUACAAAAAAAAAUUCAAUCCUCAUUGA